AUGAAGGCAUCAAAUUCUCCCAACCUGUGUCCAACACUGGCAGCAUCCCAGCAACGCUAUACAUUUACUCACUCCCAGCAGCAGCAACUGUCACAUCAACAGCAGCAUCAGGUCUUGCAGGUGUCGAGGCACCAUCAGGUUCUGCAGCCGAGCCGUGUCAGGCAGCAGCAACAGCUGGGUUCCUCCUGGUCACAGCUACAGCAGCAGCAUACACAGGGCAAGGAGAUUGGGGACAGGCAUUAUGAGUUCUUGUCUCACAUUGGAUCUGGAGCAUACGGGCAAGUGUUCAAAGCUCGGGACACCAGCAGAGAUGGGGCUGUGGUUGCAGUUAAACAGAUUCGCAUCUGCAGACAAGGGCGCAACUUUGAAGCAGGGAUGCCCAUGUCUGCCAUCAGAGAAAUAUCACUCUUGAAGCAGCUGGAAAAUCGGGAGCAUCCCAACAUUGUCAGACUCCUGGACGUCCAUCACCAGACCCUGUCUGCCCAAGACAUUUGUCUGUCUCUGGUCUUCGAGUUCAUCGACCAGGAUUUAAACACUUACCUGGAAAGAUGUCCGCCACCUGGCCUGGGACCCGACAGAAUACGUGACUUGGUGAUUCAGAUGGUUAGCGGCGUUGACUUCCUUCACAGCAACCGCAUCGUGCACAGAGACCUCAAGCCGCAGAACAUCCUGGUCACGCAGGAUGGGAUACUGAAGCUGGCUGACUUUGGCCUUGCCAGAGUGUACGCUGUAGAUAUGAAAUUGACGAGCGUGGUGGUCACUCUGUGGUACAGAGCGCCAGAAGUCUUGCUGACUGGUCAGUAUGCCACCUCUGUUGAUAUGUGGAGUUGUGGGUGUAUAUUUGCCGAAUUGUUUUUACGACGACCCCUCUUCAAGGGCAACUCCGAAGGAGACCAGUUAAAAAAGAUUUUUGAAGUGAUUGGCCUGCCAGACUUGCCUUCAUGGCCAGAGACAUCGGUCCUCAUGUGGGGCUCAUUCAGAGCAGCGGUUCCUCCUCCUCUUGAUCAUUUGAUUCCAGAGAUUGACCACAGAGCUAAAGAUCUGUUACAGAAAAUGCUGAUCUUCAACCCGGAGCACAGAAUCAACGCAAGAAGUGCUCUGCGUCAUAUCUACUUCCGAGAUGACCUGGAUAGUAUAGGCACCUCACGUUCCCUGUCACCGUCUGAGAGCAAUGAAUGCCUGGAAAUGACUGUUAGCAAUUAG